CUUCCCUCCAUCUCUCCAAGCAAGCUCUUCAACUCUACAACAACCUGUAAAUCUCUCUCUCUCUGUAAUUACUUCACUCGCACGCCACUCUCUUCAAGUUCUCCUCUUUAAAACCCAAAACCCAAAACCCAAACACAGAGGUUACUGUUCAUAUAUGGGUUUCUCAUUCCAACACCAAGAAACGUAUUUCCUUAUUUGACCCCCCGUUUUGCUUUUCUUCAGAUUUUACUUUUCCACAGAUUCCCUUCCAUAAAUUCCCAUUGAUUUUUCAGAUACCCACAAAAUCUUCUUUAUUCACGCCCUACCCAGAAUUUGAUUCCCCCAAAUUCAGAGUCUUUCUUUCUUUCCCAACCACCAUGACUUUCUUGAAGAUUUUCCUUUUUUUUCCUUUACUUUCCCUCGCGUUUUCUCAGGAAACUUUCACUUCCCACCUCCUGCCAAGGCCUUUGAUCAUCGAAUACCCCGAAAACACGGAGACAAAUUUCAGAGAAUUAGAGGAAGAGUUUAAAUUGCACUGUACCAGCUGGAGAUUUUCUGUGGAGGCUAACAACAUCAACCCCUGGAAAACAAUCCCACAGGAAUGUGCAAAGUAUGUGAAAGAUUACGUGACUGGUCGGGCUUAUGGGUUUGAUCUCGAAAGGGUGUCUAAGGAGGCUGGAGUUUAUGCCAAGGCUGUUGAAUUGAGUGGUGAUGGGAAAGAUGUGUGGAUUUUUGACAUUGAUGACACUCUGCUUUCCAAUCUUCCGUAUUAUGCUGACCAUGGUUAUGGCUUGGAGGUUUUUGAUCAUCUGGAGUUUGAUAGAUGGGUUGACAAGGCCAUGGCACCCGCUAUAAAGUCCAGCUUGAAACUCUAUGAAGAGGUCUUGGGUUUGGGAAUUAAGGUAUUUUUGCUCACUGGGCGCAGUGACGGGAAAAGAAAGGCUACUAUUGAGAAUCUGAUCAAUGCAGGAUUUCGAGAUUGGCAUAAGCUUAUUUUAAGGGCCCCGGAUGAGCAAGGGAAAUUAGCAACAGUUUACAAGUCAGAAAAGAGGAAUGAGAUGGAGAAAGAGGGAUACAGAAUUCUUGGCAACUCUGGAGACCAGUGGAGUGACAUAUUAGGCACCUCAAUGUCCAUCCGCUCAUUCAAGCUUCCGAAUCCAAUGUAUUAUAUUCCAUGAUAGGGCAAGCAUCAUCAUUCAUUUCAAAAUAAUCACAUUGCAUUGUAUGGGCAGCCAUUUGUUUGUUUCCACCAUUAAAGGGAAAUCAAGAUGCCAUAGACACUCAGUACAGUACAAUCAAUUGUUAAUAUAAAACAGAACCAUACCAUAUACUUUGUGGUCUCUACAUGUAAAAUGCAGAUUCCUAUACUUUAUUAUCAGACAGGAUUGGAGGACCACUUUGAGUUGCACAAA